CAGAAAGACCCAGGAUCAACUAAAAUCGGCCUUGACCCCUCUCCUUCUUCUCUCUGGUUUUCAUUCUUUGGCGAAAAUGUUGAUGGUCGCGUUCUGCUUGACGCUGACACUUCUGUCAAUUUUCCUCGUCGUGCGUAAAUUGUACCUGCGGCGAUUCAAAUGCAGCAAGAAUAUUUGCGUGGUGGUACUUGGCGAUGUCGGCAGGAGUCCGAGAAUGCAGUACCACGCGAUUUCCUUUGCCAAACAAGGCUAUACAGUGAACAUUAUAGGUUACCCUGGCUCGCCGCCGUUGCAGGAAAUCAGCGAGAACGCACACAUAUCGGUGUAUUAUUUGCAACCGCCACCUGAAUUACAAAAUAGACUACCACGUCUUUUGAGUUACAUAGUCAAAGUAUUGUGGCAGACUGUCGAUCUUUUUUGGCUAUUGCUUCGCAGACCUAUACCUCAUUCCUUAAUAAUGCAGAAUCCACCUGCAAUACCAACAAUACCAGUAUGCUGGUUUUAUUGCGUCCUAAUGGAAGUACAGUUUAUAAUUGAUUGGCACAAUUAUGCUUAUUCAAUUAUGGCACUGAGCUUAGGAAAGAAUCAUACUCUAGUUAAAUUAGCAAGAUUUAUUGAGAUGACAUUUGGACGCAGGGCAGGAAUAAAUUUUUGUGUUAGCAAUGCAAUGCAACAAGAUUUGAAAGAGAAAUUGGGUGUUAAGGUUUGUGUUUUGUAUGACAGACCAGGAGAGCAAUUCCGUCCAAUAUCUUUGGCAGAGAAACAUGAAUUUCUGCUGAAGUUAGCUGAAAAGUAUGAUGCAUUUAAAGGACCUAGGAAAGACUCAACUAUUCUUACCGAGUGUUCAUCGAAUGGAGUGCAUUUAUCACCAAAAAGACCUGGCUUCAUCGUAUCGAGUACUAGUUGGACCGAGGAUGAGGAUUUCUCCAUACUGUUGAACGCAUUACAAGAAUACGAGAAUGCGUGUGAAAGCAACGAGUUAAAUUUGCCAGACUUAAUUUGCGCGAUAACGGGUAAAGGGCCGUUAAAGGACUUCUAUAUCGCCAUCAUUAAUCUGAAAAAUUGGAGGCACGUUAAAGUGGUGACACCGUGGCUCGAAAAUGAGGAUUAUCCGAAGAUAUUAGCCAGUGCAGACUUAGGCGUAUGUCUUCAUAUCUCGUCCAGCGGACUGGAUCUACCGAUGAAGGUGCUCGAUAUGUUCGGUUGUUGCUUGCCAGUCUGCGCGUACGACUUCAACUGUUUAUCGGAACUGGUGAAAAAUAACGAGAACAGUUUGGUAUUUGCGAGCGAGAACGAGCUGGCGCAGCAGCUGAAAACGUGGUUCCAAGAUUUUCCCAAUAACGAGGCGCAGCGUCAGCAAGAAGAGAAGUUCCGGCGAAGCUUAGAGAUGAGAGCCGAGGUGGAACCGAAUAACCGGCCGAUAAUAGGUAUUCUAACACAAGAGAUAAGUUACGCCUUGAACAAGAAGUUCCCCGGUCAGUAUCACAGCUACAUCGCCGCGUCGUACGUGAAGUUCGUCGAGGGUGCUGGUGCUCGGCCCGUCCCGAUCUGGAUCGGUGGAAAUGAUUCCUAUUACGAGGAUGCCUUGCACAAAGUGAAUGGAGUUCUGUGGCCAGGAGGUGCGACGUAUUUUAAUCAGAGUGAUGGAUACGCCGAUGCAGGCGCCGCGAUUUACAGAAUCGCAAAGAAAAUUAACGACAGAGGCGAAUAUUUUCCGAUACUCGGCAUUUGCCUCGGCUUCGAGUUGCUGACGUACGUGGCGGCGAAUGGUGUUGAGCACAGGACCGAUUGUUCCAGUCUCAAUCAGCCUCUUGCGCUGGAAUUCAAGCCUAAUUUUAACAGAAGCAAUUUGUUUAAAUAUGCCCCGUUGGAUGUCGUAAAGAUUUUGAGAUUGGAACGCGUCACGGCGAAUUAUCACAGGUUUUGCGUCACAGAAGAGAGUCUGCGUCGCGUCAACUUAACACGUGAAUUUCGCGUGAUGUCGCUCAAUCACGACAAACUGGGUCAGGAGUUCAUCUCCACGCUGGAGCACAAGAAUUAUCCGUUCUACGGUAUUCAGUUCCAUCCGGAGAAGAACAUCUACGAGUGGAAGACUGGCAAGAAUAUUCCACACGGGAGCAGUGCCACUCGAGUGGCUCAGUAUUUCGCUGAUUUCUUCAUCAAUGAAGCCCGUAAGAAUUCGCACAUAUUCAGCACGCCACAAGAGGAGGAACAAAGUCUGAUCUACAAUUAUCCUGUCACCUACACAGCCCCGCAUGGCUCCGCAUACUUACAAUGUUACAUGUUUAAGAAAAACGAUCGCUCGUUUUGCAAGAACGAUCUAUAGCAUGUAAGCUUGGAGUGAAUUUUAUUCUUAAGGUAGAAAUGUCGUUUCUUUCUCACAUACAAAUGUCAUCUCCUCGUUCGUGUAUAAUAUAAAGUAAUUUUGUAAAUGCGUACGCGCGUUUCGGACUUUCGCUCUGAUAAUUGUGUGUACGUGUAUGUACGCGCGCGCGAUAUAUCGAUAUACAAAAUUACCACCCAGUUAAUUGUGUGAAUCUUUGCGAAACAAUAAUCAAGUGUUGCGACAACGACGAGUGACGGCACUGGGGAACAUACACAACAAACAAAAAGAUAGUACGCGUAAUUUCCACAUUUAACAUAACACCAGUGUAUAUUGUGUCACAACUGGGAUACAUAAUAUUACAAUGGUGCAUAAUAAAAUUCUAUACAUAUUUCGUUCUA